AGGUAAACAAAGUUUUUUUGGUCGGUUUUUGUAUGUCUCCGGGGGAUUUAAAACAUGAUUCGCAAGUAUUCGAUAGUUGUAUUUAAACAAUUAACACAAAGAAGACACUGCUCAAGUGAUACAAGAAGAAGGGUUGUAGUAACAGGAAUCGGAAUUGUGUGUCCCCUUGGUGUUGGAACGGAGCAUGUUUGGUCCAAACUUAUUGCAGGGAAUUGUGGAAUAAGUAAUCUCCGUGGCAAAGGUUUUGAAAGCAAUCCGAGUCAAGUUGCUGGGUACGUCCCUGUUGGCGAAAAUGAAGGAGAAUUUAAUGUUCAUAAAUAUGUAUCAAAGAGGGAGGUGGGCUCAAUAAGCAAUGCCACCAUCUUUGCAUUAGCGGCUGCAGGAGAAGCUCUUAACCAUGCUCAGUGGAACCCCUCAACCCCAGAGGAGAGUGAAUACACGGGUGUAGCUGUUGGUAUGGGAAUGGUAGGUAUGGAUGAGAUCAUCUUAUCUGGCAAUGCAUUAGAGACGAGGGGUUACAAGAAGAUCAGUCCUUUUUUAGUGCCUAAGAUUCUAGUGAACAUGGCAGCAGGUAACAUCAGCAUUAGACAUAACCUCAAGGGUCCGAAUCAUUCUGUUUCAACAGCAUGUACAACAGGGGCCCAUUCAAUCGGUGAUGCUAUGCGGUUUAUACGCAACGGUGAUGCUGAGGUUAUGGUGGCUGGCGGUACGGAGGCCUGCAUAUCACCGCUAAGUCUCGCUGGCUUUGCAAGAGCUCGGGCUUUGAGUACUAACUUCAAUGGUUGCCCAAAAAAAGCAUCAAGACCAUUCAACAAAGACCGAGAUGGGUUUGUUAUGGCAGAAGGUGCUGUAGUGUUAGUGUUAGAGGAAUAUGAGCAUGCAAAGAGGAGGGGAGCUGAGAUCAUUGCUGAGGUGCUAGGCUAUGGUUUGUCAGGGGAUGCAAGUCACAUAACAGCACCUAGUGAAGAUGGUUCAGGUGCAAUGCGUUGUAUGAGGGCAGCAUUGCGUGAUGCGCAUAUCACACCGCAGCAAGUUGGCUACGUAAAUGCUCAUGCUACUUCCACUCCAUUAGGUGAUACAGUAGAGAAUCGUGCGACGAAGGGUGUGUUUGGCGACCAUGCGUACAACCUUGCCAUAUCUUCCACAAAGGGGGCUACAGGACACUUGCUAGGUGCAGCCGGGGCCUUAGAAGCUGCCUUUUCUGCUCUUGCCUGUCAAAGGGGUGUUUUACCUCCCACUAUUAACUUAGAGGAGGUCGAUUCAGAGUUUGACCUCAACUACGUUGCCAACACUGCACAAGAUUGGUCUUCAACCAACAGGAUAGCCAUCACUAAUUCGUUUGGGUUUGGCGGAACAAAUGCGUCACUCUGCUUCCAGAAUCUCUAGUGAUACGACUCGUUAAGUUAUACAAAAAAAAGAUCUGUCUGAAGCAGUAACAUCUCUACAGGGAGGCUGUGUGUGGUGGUUGCACACCCCUAAAAAAAUGCUUGCACCCCUAAAGUGCCUACCCCGUUGGAAAUUUUCAGAGAAAAGAAAUUUGGCUCUAGUAGUUAAUCAUCAUAUUUUUUACAAGCUAGUACCCUCUUAAUAGUCAUCGAGUUCUACUUAACCUUACCAUGCCAAUCAGCCUUAUCAUUGCAAUAUUCCUAGACACUGCUCUGAAGAAAUAUGGGUAAUGUAAAUUUGCUUUCUCAUUAUUGUCAUCAGAGUUACGCAUAAUAUAAGAUGUAUGCGUGUUGCAUAUAAAACACUUUUGUACUAAAUCAAUUAACUCAGGUAGCAGGCAACUCGGUGAGCCUUCUGCUAGUCUUAAGAUCUCAACAACUCACAUAUUUUACAUACUCAGCUAGUAGUGAAAACCAACAUAUAUAUCUUGCCAUACCCUGUUACCUUUUAUAAUAUACAUUCAUAUACAUCUUAUAUACAUUGUAUAUGUCUCUUGCACAUGUGAUGUGGUACAUUGGUGUAAAAUGAUCAUUUAUAACUUAAGCUGAGAUAACAAUCAUUUUCUUUAAAUCUAAAAUGAUCAUAUUGAUAUUUCUAUGGUGCUAUAUAUUCAAAAGAAUUAAUUAUUUAU